CCAUGAGGACGGCCGUGCCCCACAGCCGACUCGACGGGGACGCAUUCGCUCUACACCACGUACCACGGCUACGAGGUGAUGUUCCACGUCAGCACCAUGCUGCCCUUCACCCCCACCAACCCCCAGCAGCUCCUGCGGAAGCGGCACAUCGGGAACGACAUCGUCACCAUCGUCUUCCAGGAGCCUGGGGCGCUGCCCUUCUCCCCCCGCGCCAUCCGCUCCCACUUCCAGCACGUCUUCAUCGUCGUGCGAGUGCACCAGCCCUGCACGCCCCACACGUCCUACAGCGUGGCAGUGACCCGCUCGGACGACACCCCCCCCUUCGGCCCCCCCAUCGCCGUGGGGCAGCGCUUCCCCCGAGGCCCCCAACUCCGCCAUUUCCUUUUGGCCAAAGCCAUCAACGGUGAAAACGCCGCCUCCCGGGGGGGCCGCCUGGGGGCCAUGGCCGCCCGCACCCGCCACCAGUACCUCCGCGAACUCGCCCGCUCCCACGCCAACGGACCCCCCCCCGCAGCCCCCACCCGCGGCCUCCCGGUCCUGGGGGUCCGCCGGAGGGCGGGGGUCACCGCGGGGGGCGACGCGGUGGUCGGGGGGGCGUUGGUGUGGGGGGCGAAGGCGUGGGUCGGGGGGGAGGGGGGAGAGGAGACGGCGUGUUUGUUGGGGGUGGCGGCGGAGAGGGUGGUCCUGGUGACCCCCCAGGAGGGGCGGGUGCUGCUGAGCGCUGCGUGCAGGGACGUCCUGGGCUGGGCCUACGUGGAUGGAGGAGUCGAGAUCUUCUAUGGGGCGGGGGAGAGCGUGGGGCUGAGGCUGCCCCAUGGAGAAGCCGAGCAGGUGGUGGCCAGGCUGCAGGCAGUGACCCGUGGCUGUGAGGUCCUGGAGCUGUCGCUGCCCCGCGGUGCCGGCGGCCGCCUGGGCUUCCGGAUCUCCGGCGACGGCGUGGUGACGGCGGUGCAGCGCUUCUCCUUCGCCGAGGUGGCCGGGCUGCGGCGGGGGGCUCGAGUGCUGCGGGUGGCUCACAGCCCCCUCCCCAAAAUCAGCACGCGGCAGCUGCGGGCGCUGCUGAGGGGACCCAAAGCCGCCCUCACCAUUCUGCCCCCUGACCGAGAUGGGAGGCCUCGGAGGUGGGGGUCGGGGGGGGGG